CGUUUGAUUCCUCUCCAGCUUCCGCAACAUGGGCAACCUAUUAACUUUUUCAGUUAACAAGCCCAUACCUGAGACCUCAUCGAGAUGCCUGACCGAGUGCACCACCGCCGCUCACAACUUCGAGGUGAUUAAGUACUCGCUGCUGGAGCGCAUGGGUGCCCGUAAGUUCGUUAGCUCGAGCACUUUCAGAGUCAGCGGCUACGAGUGGAAAAUCAGUAUCUAUCCUGAUGGGAUCGGGGAGGAAGACAAAGCUGCCUACAUGUCCGUCUUCUUGUGUUUCUGCAGUGGUGCGACAAUGGAUGUGAAGGUCAAGUUCACUUUGAGUUUACUGGAGAAAGAUGGGAAAAUUAGCAAUCUAAAUAGUAAAACAACAACAGCUAAAUUUAAGCCUGUAGUAGGUGAUAGUUGGGGCUGGGCCAAGUUUAUUGACAAGUCCAAGCUCAAGGAACUGUUGGCCCAUGACUGCUUCACAAUCAGGUGUGUUUUGACCGUCAUAAAAGACCAUCACACGGAAGAUGUAAGCACAGUCCUAGUCCCAGUCCCCCAGUCAGACCUGCACGCGCACUUUGCAAACAUGUUGAAGGAUGGACAAGGCAUGGAUGUGACAUUCAGUGUUGGCGGCCAACUCUUCAGUGCACAUAGGUACGUGUUAGCAGCACGAUCAUCAGUCUUCAAGGCUGAGCUCUUUGGUCAAAUGAAGGAAACCACCAUGGAAUGUAUCAAGAUCGAGGACAUGGAGCCUGCCACCUUCGAGGCACUUCUCCACUUCAUAUACACAGAUAACCUGCCAAGCAAUUGUCAUGUUGAUCAAAAUGUAGCAUUGCAGCACUUGUUGGUCGCCGCGGAUCGGUAUGGACUGGACAGGCUAAACGCUAUUUGUGAAGAGAAGCUAUGCCAGAAAAUUGAUGUGCAGACAGUUGCAACCACCCUAGCUUUAGCGGAGCAGCACCACACCGUGCAACUCAAGAAUGCUUGCCUUCAGUACCUGUCUUUGCAGGAUGUGCUUCAAGCAGUCAAGAAGACCGACGGGUUCAAGCACCUCACUACAAGCUGUCCAUCGAUUAUGAUGGAGAUAUUAGACAAGGUCGCCCCAUCGUCAGAUGUAUGA